CCCGCUCGCUGCCGGCGCUGCUCCCCCGCCCGCUGGCACUCGGUCUCGCCGCGGGUCAGGCAUGGGAGCUGCGCGCGCCCUCCCGGCGCCCACACCUGUCUGAGCGGCGCAGCGAACCCGGGCCCUGGCGGGCAUCUCGGCGCGAGUGGUGCUCAGCAUGGCGGGGAUUCCAGGGCUCCUCUUCCUCCUCCUCCUCCUCUUCCUCCUCCUCCUGUGUGCUGUCGGACAGGGGAGCCCCUCCAGUGCCCACUGGAAACCCACGUGGCCUGCUUACCGCCUCCCUGUCGUCUUGCCACAGUCCACUCUCCACUUAGCCAAGCCAGACUUUGGGGCCGAAGCCAAAUUGGAAGUGUCCUCUUCAUGUGGACCCCAGUGUCAUAAGGGAACCCCACUGCCCACAUAUGAAGAGGUCAAACAGUACCUGUCUUAUGAAACGCUCUAUGCCAAUGGCAGCCGCACAGAGACGCGGGUGGGCAUUUAUGUCCUCAGCAGUGGCGUGGGGGAGUCUCCAGGAAAGUCUCGGAGGAAACGGCAGAUUUAUGGCUACGACAGCAGGUUCAGCAUUUUCGGGAAGGACUUCCUGCUCAACUACCCCUUCUCAACAUCGGUGAAGUUAUCUACUGGUUGUACCGGCACCCUGGUGGCCGAGAAGCACGUCCUCACCGCUGCCCACUGCAUACACGAUGGGAAAACCUAUGUGAAAGGAACCCAGAAACUUCGAGUGGGCUUCUUGAAGCCCAAGUUUAAAGAUGGUGGUCGAGGGGCCAACAACUCCAGCUCAGCCGUGCCCGAGAAGAUGAAAUUUCAAUGGAUCCGCGUGAAACGCACCCACGUGCCCAAGGGUUGGAUCAAGGGCAAUGCCAACGACAUUGGCAUGGAUUACGACUAUGCUCUCCUGGAGCUCAAAAAACCCCACAAGAGAAAGUACAUGAAGAUUGGGGUGAGCCCUUCUGCCAAGCAGCUGCCAGGGGGCAGAAUCCACUUCUCUGGUUAUGACAACGAUCGACCGGGCAAUUUGGUGUACCGUUUCUGUGAUGUCAAAGACGAGACCUACGACCUGCUCUACCAGCAGUGUGACGCCCAGCCUGGGGCCAGUGGCUCAGGGGUUUAUGUGAGGAUGUGGAAGAGACAGCAGCAGAAGUGGGAGCGAAAAAUCAUUGGUAUCUUUUCAGGGCACCAGUGGGUAGACAUGAAUGGUUCUCCACAGGAUUUCAACGUAGCUGUUAGAAUCACCCCUCUCAAAUAUGCCCAGAUUUGCUAUUGGAUUAAAGGAAACUACCUGGAUUGCAGGGAAGGGUAACACGGUAUACCUUCCUGGCGGCACUUAAUGGUCUUCACGUACUUAUUUUAGGAGAGGCCAAAUUUUGUCAUUGGUGUGUGUGUGUGUGUGUGUGUGUGUAAGUGUAAGGUGUCAUAAUAUCUUUUACCUAAUUUUUUAAAAUUGCAAGAUGACUGGCUUUGUUAUUUGAAAAUUGGUUUGUGUAUCAUAUCAGCAUUUAAGCAGUUUUUGAAAACAUACUUUGCAUAGAAAUAAAAAAGCAUACUGAUGUUUGGGGCAAUAGGGAGUAUUUAGCGGUUAAGUUAAUCUUUUACUUUUUGAGAACUUCGAUUUUUAUUUCAUCUGAACUUGUCUCAAAGGUUUAUAUUAAAUAUGUGGCAUACAGGAGAUAUAAGUUCUUAUGUGUGUAUGUGUGUAUUUUCUCCUGAGACUCAUCUUGGUUUUGUCACUUUUUUUUUCUUUUUUAAUGCCUAAUCACUAAUGUUUCCCGAUGGCAGUGUUCCCUACCACAUACAACUCUUAGGAACUUUCACAAUACUUCUUAGAUCGGCGGUUAUAAUAUUUUGGAUUUGGGGGUGUUUGCACAGUAGUUCUUGAUCAGUCAAAUAAUUUGCUGACCGUGUUGGUACACAUAUUAAGCUAGAUCUUGCAGUCAGUUAGUAUCAAGUUGCUUUCAGUUUUGAAAUAGUUUCUCUUCCGAAGACUGUCGCUCUUCUUUUGGGGAAGACUGCAUAUGGCUCUGCCAGCUGUGCAGUCACACCAGAGCUGGCAAGAUUGUUUAUGCCAAUCCUUCCAUUUAACAGGAUUUCACUCAGAUUUCUUGAACUAGCUGUUUUUCAGAAGACAAUAAUCAGGGCCUAAUUAGAACAGGCUGUAUGGCUUCCCAACUAACAGUUGUGGUCACACUAAAAACAAUCAUUGUAUUUUACCCCCGGAGUGUAGCACAUCUCGUGUUUUAUCAUUUGGACGGAGUAAUUUAAAAUGAAUUAAAUUCCAGAGAACAAUGGAUGCAUUGCUCGGCAGAUGUCACAACAGAAUAACCACUGUUUAGAGCCUGGCACAGUCAUACGGCCUAAUCAAAAUUAUUCCUCAUGGUUUUCAGUGUGCUUUUGGGGAUCUGUGUACUUGAGCAAUUUGGAGACUUUUCUCUCCUAUUUAUUUUAUAGUAACAAUAUUUGGAAGGUGCUUUAAGGAAAACCAAUGUACCUUUUUCCCCACUAGCUUUAAAAGGGACACUUUUACUAGACUACUCUAAGCUACAGGCACAUAUAAUCAAGUACACUAGUGAAAAUGCAAAUUGGGAGAAUGAAAAAUGGAUCAGAAUCAUCACUCCCAUAAAUGCCUUUAUGAAUGUUUUAUCAAUGUGAUAACCCCAGUGUAUAAAGAAAAGAUUUUGACUUGUUUUAUGUUUUCAUUUUCUGCCCCUCAGCCUGAGCACUUCUUUCAAAAUGUGUCAGUAGAGAAAAAAGCCAAUGAACUAUAAACAGAUGUAUGCUGUUCUUACAGCCAGGGUAAUUUUAACCUGCAGUGUGGCUAUCUGGUUGUGAGGACAUUCGAAUACGGCACUGAGGCUUAACCGUCCUCCAGGUGGCUUUUGGCUGGUGUUUCUUGAGCUUUUUGGAAGGCUAAUCCAGAUAAGGCACUCGUUAUAAGAAAUGUAUAACCAUAGUGCUUUCGUCAAAUCACAUAAGAAAUACUUUGUGUAGCAAAGCGAUGCAGGGCUGCCAGGAAUUUUCUGAGUUCCAGUACAAUUAGCUUUGGAAUCUAGCAGGAAUCUAGCCGGAGGAAUAAGAGAGGUCUCCAUCUCUAUGUCUGGUAUUUGGGGUUUUUGUUUGGUUUUGCUUUUGCUUGGUGUGAAAAGAAGUUCAGUGAACACCUAGAUCAGAACUGAUUUUUUAAAGUAGAUACUCCUUUUAAAAAGCAACUGGGUGUUUUAUUUUUAUUUAUUUUCUUUUUUUUUGGCAAAGUAGAAACUUAAUGGAACUUCCCUCAGCAAAGGUGGGCAAUGGCACAAAAUCAAAAUAAUAUCAAUGUUUAGUUCACAGGUAGCUGUAAUUUACUAAAGAAUCGUACCUACAUGAUCUAUACAGCGUAACUCAGAACUGUAAAAGAAGACUGUAAAAUAAUUCAGUAUGUCCAUCUUGUCAGUGGUAAUUAAAGGAAGCAUGGCAUUAAACUAUCAUGGAAGUGGAAAUAAAAAAGGGCUUUUAACAUUAUUAAUAAUAUUAAUAUGUUAAUAUAAUUAGUGCUUUACAUGUAUUAGUUAUACAUUGUAAGGAUAUAUUCUCAGUAAGGCGAGUAGAACGUUUCCCAAAAUGUGUGCCUUAAACACUGAUCCCUCCAGAUUUUCUACCAGAAAUGAAAAGGACACCAUCAUCAGGGAGGAGGGAUAUGCCUCUCAGUACCCCCUCCCUGUAUCAGGGAUUCACAUGCUUGUUUGCACAUUGAAAGCUCUAAGAAGUCCUGUAGUAAAGAGAUGUGUUAAUGUUUUAAAAAUCUGCAUUUCAAUAAACAUCUUUGAUCACGGAACCCUUGUUUCUCCAAUGAUGCCUCUGAGCAAUUUAGUGUUCUAAUAAAUACAUUUUGGGGAUCACUGUAAAAGCCUUGGGGUCAAGGCAAUGAUGCAC